GAUAAUUCUUAAAUACAAUACAAUAACUACAAAAUGUCAUUCUGGGAAAACUUCAAACCAGAAUUCCUGCUUUGCUUUUUAUUGGCGGCUUUGGUCAACCCACACAGUGCUGAGGGCCUUAAGCAUCCCAAACGUCCUCUGCAAGGACGUAUAGUUGGUGGAGGCUUUGCCACUGAAGGACAAUUUCCCUAUCAAGUGUCCAUACUAAGAAGAGGUAAUCAUUCGUGUGGAGGUUCAAUCAUAUCGCCACAUUAUGUGGUUACCGCUGCCCAUUGCAUAGUCUAUGGUAAGCCUUCUAUGCGUGUUCCUGUUGAUGUGCUCAAUGUCAGAGCGGGCAGCAUUUCGACCACCUCAGGUGGUCAAUUGGUUAAUGUCACAGAAGUCAAACCUCAUCCUUCGUUCUGGCAAUUUACCAAUGACAUAGCUUUAGUGAAAUUGGCCCAGCCCUUGAAAUUCAAUGAUAAUGUGGCUGCCAUACCAUUGGCCUCACAAAACCCUCCUUCUGGUGCUGAAGUCUCCACUUCAGGUUGGGGUCGUAUCAGCACCUCAGGCCCACUCUCACCUCUGCUGAAGUAUAAUACCCUGGUUGCUUUGAAUACCACCGAAUGUAGAAGCCGCUUGGAUUAUUUGCCCAGAGGUGCCAUCUGCUUUGUUGGAGCAACCGCCAAUGGAAUUUGUAAGGGUGAUUCCGGUGGUCCUGCAGUCUACAACAACCAAUUGGUGGGUGUUGUCAAUUUCUUUGAGGAUGCUUGUGGCAUUAAACCCGAUGGCUUUGCCAGUGUGGCAUUACAUGCCAAAUGGCUGAGAGACAAUUCCAAGGAAUAGAAGUAGAGUUUUAAUUUAAGGAGAAUAAAUGUUAUCAUUUUCAUCCGAACUUUUCUUGCUUAAGGACUCUAUGGUGACAAACUAGCAAUACAUUCGUUUGGCCAUAUUGCCUCGCUUUUUCGCUGAUAAAGCACUCAUUUAUCAAAAUUAAGCGUUAUUAUGUAUAUACAAAUCAACUUCGUGGUCCAAAAAAAAAACAAAGAGAUCCCAGCAUUAGUUUUCUUUCAAUGAAGCCGAAAAAAAUCCCCAAUGCUUACAAUGUCACCCCAUAACAAUAAAGCAUAUGUAUAACAUUAA